AUGAAUUUAGACCCACGUCGACCUCGAUCAGAUCGUUCAAGAUCUUCAUCAAAUCAUCAUAAUCAGCAUUAUGCUUUAUCUGAUUCUGACACAGAUAAUGAACAAUAUCAUGAACAUGGAAAGUUGAAGAGACUAGAAAAUGGAGUAUUAUUCAGUGAAUCAAUGCUGAGUCCAGCAACUAGUGUGAUUGCUGUACAGCUUCUUGACCUUAUCAGUAUAUUGUUCACACGAGCAACAUCAAUUUACACUGAAUGGACAAGAAUAAGUUCUGGACGAGUUACACCAUCAUGUAUAACAACAGAUGAGGUUGACGGCGAUAAACUCUUGCAGAGCACAGAAGAGGUCGUAGUUAACGAGUCAACUAAUUCUAGUGUGAAUCAAUUAAAUCUAGACUAUGUGUGGAUUCAUUGUUGGCGACCUUUGCUACAAGCAACAGCCAGGCUUUGUGUAGAUGUCAGACGAGAUGUUAGAACAGAUGCACUGACUUAUUUACAAAAAGCUCUGCUAUCACCAACUUUACAUCCACUAAGUGGUAAACAAUGGGAAGAUUGUUUUGAUAAGGUACUCUUUCCACUAUUAUCUGGUUUCCUAGAAAGUAUUGCGAUUGAAGAAGCACUUGCUUUGAAUUCACGAAAAGCGAACAGUAUUACUAACAAUACUGGGGGUAAUAGCAAUAUUGGUUAUGGUUAUCAUUUACACACAGUGGAGUUUGCUGACCCACGUAUGCGUGCUAUUCCAUUAUUAACUAAAGUGUAUCUACAACAUCUUCGACCGUUAUAUGAAUUGGAUACCUUCAACAGUCUAUGGAUACGUAUGCUUGCUUAUAUGGAAAGUUAUAUGCUUGCCAGUAGUAGCUUCGAUUCAUUGACUGAUGCUGUACGAGAAUCUUUGAAAAAUGUCCUCCUGGUUAUGUGCACUGGAACGCAUGACAUCAAUCCAAUUCUAAUCAAAGAUGCUCCGCCUGGUUCCAGUUCAGGCGUCCUCUGGGAAUUAACAGAAAAGCAUUUGUCGACUUUCUUACCUGAAUUAUUGGAACAACUAUUUCCUAGUAGCCCACCGGAUGUGAAUACAAAUACUACUACUCCUACUCUGGCGACUCCUAUAAAUAUACUGUCAACUUCAACAGAUACUGAAUGUGUUCAAGAUUUAUCCACUUCGUCUGUAAAUGAAAAUAAUCAAGUCGCAUCAUCACCUCAGUCGAUUGACAUCAAACUAGCCGAUGAUGUUGUUCAUUCAGAUACUGUGGUUGUACAACAAUGUCUCAGUCAUGAGAUAAUUGAUCAGCCAGCAGAAUCAACGAGAACAGCGAAGACAGUACCAAAAACGUUGACAACAGCAAAUCAUAACGUAUCAGUGAUUCAAAAUUUGUGA